CAAAAGAUUAAUAUUUAAACUAUAAACUACAAAUCAAACUAAACACUUUUAUAAGAAGAUAAGCUUGAAAUUGCUGAUUUAACGCAAUUUUCUUUAGCAACUAAUCAUGAAUUAUUUCUAUAAAAAGCCCAACAAUUUCUAUAACCAAUAUGUAGUAACAACUCUACGUUCAAAAGAAAAAGUCAACUACUAAAAAUGAAAUUAUUCGUUAUACUAAUUUUGGCUCUUGCGGCUCAGGGCUAUGCCAACUAUUUGGAUUCCUCGGAAGAAGAUAGCAGACAAUCAUCUUUUUCUCAUCAUUAUCAAUGGCAAUCUUCGGUGGCCUCUUUGCCCGGCGCCAGUUCGUUUAAAACUAAAGUUACACAUCGUAUAAAGAAUUCGGAUGUUUUGUCCGAUAUGGCUCACUUGAAAACUAGACUUUUCAAAUUGGCCGAAGAAAAAUUGGAAAAAUGCUUAAAACCAAAUGGCCGUGAACUGGAUAAACAUUGUGUGGGUCGUGCCACUGGACAAGUUAUGCAAUUGAUUGCUUCUGCUGAAAAUUCCGAACGUCAUACUGCCAAUAGUGCUCAUAGAAGACAUUCCAGCAAGGAUUAUUAAGUUAAAGUUAUGGGAAAUGAAAAGAUUUGAACUUGAAUAAUGGAUUUUGCUAAUAAAUUUUCAUUUGGAGAU